CCCGCCCUAAUACUGUGCUCUGAUGACAGCGCAGGCAGACGGAUCGUUUCAUCUAUCAUUAUAUCUGCAUUCAAACCACGUUUGGUGCUGGUUUGUUUGUGUACAUGUGUUGAGGUGAAGUCAUGCCACUGGUGAAGAGAAACAUUGAGCCCAGGCACCUGUGCAGAGGAGCUUUACCUGAGACCAUCAGCAAUGAGCUGGAGUGUGUGACCAACAACACUCUCUCUGCCAUCAUACGCCAACUUAGCAGCCUCAGUAAACAUGCAGAGGAUGUGUUUGGUGAGCUCUUUAAUGAAGCCAAUACAUUCUACCUGCGUGCUAAUUCUCUACAGGACCGUAUAGAUCGUCUUGCAAUCAAGGUCACUCAGUUGGACUCUAGUGUGGAGGAAGUUUCACUCCAGGAUAUUAAUAUGCGUAAAGCCUUUAAAAGCUCUACUGUUCAAGACCAGCAGGUGGUGACAAAGAGCAGCAUUCCAACCCCCAUCACAGAGAUGUACAACACCAGCGACAAACCACCACCUCUGAACAUACUCUCUGCCUACAGGGAUGACCAUAUUGAUGGAAUUAAGUUCUACACAGACCCCUCCUAUUUCUUUGACUUGUGGAAGGAAAAAAUGCUUCAAGACACAGAGGACAAGAGAAAAGAGAAGAGAAAACAUAGGGAGCAGAAGCGGUGUGUUGAUGGUACAUUGCCCCGUGAGGUGAAAAAGGUUCGUAAGGCUCAUAACUGCAGACAAGAAUGGAACAUGAUGGCUCUUGAUAAGGAGCUGCGUCAUUAUCAUUCACUUCACAGGGGUGUAUCGUCUGAGGGCUCGCUGUCUCCAGACGGCAGACCACAUCCAAACAGCUACCCAGUCCAAGCAUGUCACGCUCAAGCACGUGCCAGCCAUACUCAUGCGCAGCCGCAUCCCUUCAUGCCUGUGGAGACAGCAUCAUCUAGUGCAAAUGGCGGGGUAGAGCAUGAGUACCACAGCAUUGAAGGGCCUGUGUGUGUAGGUGUGGGUGCUGAUGUAGGUUACAGAGUGGGUGUACUCGCUCGAACACAUCCAACUCCUCCACAGUACCCACCCCCUGAAAAUGGAGUCAAUGGAACCAUCAUGCUUCCUCCAACAGAAUAUAGUAUGAUGGAGUACUAUGCCAGUUCAGGCCCUCCGCCCCCUCCAGCGGGUCCCGUCAUUCCAUCUGCACAGACGACUUUUGCCUCACCUCCAGCUACUCCUCAUCCUGGACCGAUCACAUCAGCCUUACAGUAUCCUCUUCCACCUGUGCCACCUCCUGGACCUGUUUUAGCUUCACCUCCUGAAGGUCCACCUCCUCCUCCAGCACCUCCCGUACCUCCUCAUCCUGUAGCACUUAGAGAGGGACGGAGACUAACUCUGCAGCCUGUCACAGACGCUCGCAGUGACCUGCUCUCAGCAAUACGCAUGGGUAUUCAACUAAAGAAAGUACAGGAGCAACAAGAACAGCAGGCUAAAAGAGAGCCGGUAGGAAACGAUGUGGCUACUAUACUCUCUCGCCGCAUUGCAGUGGAGUAUAGUGACUCAGAAGACGACUCAGAACUCGAUGAGAAUGAAUGGUCUGACUGAUUAUGGUCAACCACACACACAAAAGUAGAUAGAGACCUUCCUCUUUAGUAUGAAAGUACAUUCACCUUCAGAUACCUACAUAUAGUUGAUCAUUGAGAAUGAUGUCAAUUUCUCAAAAUAUGUUUAGGUAAUAUAUAGACCUUAAGAAACUAAAGCAGUCUCUUAUGCAAAGUUCAAUGUUCAAGUUACAGAAAGGAGAUAUUUAAAGCGUUAAUUUAAAAAGACUUUCAGUAUUGUCUGUUUUUAUUAUUUUAAUAUUCAUUCAGUUGAAUAAUCUGCUAAUGUAAUGUAUGUUUAUUUAUUGCUUUAUUUUUCUAUUACCUCUUUUCUUCCGCUUGUACCAAGAAAUUAUUGUGUGAAAAAAAUCCUGUGUGAAUAAAUU